GUAGAAUCAAUUUCGGCUCGGAAAGCUAAAAAGUUAAUGCAUCGAAUGAAUAUGAUGCGUCAGAUUCAUGAUUGGCGUGAAUCGCUCAUAGACCGGCGGGCAUUAUUAAAGCUGUGCUCCAAUGAGGCAAUGCCUAGUGGUUGGUCUGUUGAGCAGGACGAAGAAUUGUUCAAAGUUGUGGACGAAAAUGGCCUUGACAACAUCUCCGCAAAUAUCGUCAACAAACCAGCUUUUCAAAAGUUGGAGCAGUUUCCGUUUGCUGCAGCAGCAGUGGCACAGAGUGGCGGCUUCCUUCUUCCAUCGCUUCUGUCAAGUGGCGCCGGUUCAUCGUCUGCUGCAGCUCAAGCACAGGCAGCUAUGCUCUCCGCGUUGUUUUCUUUGCCACCUGUUGCACCCGUGCCAACGUCCAGUGCCAGCAGUAGUGCUUUAAAGCAAGAGUAUGGAGAAGAUGUAUUAAAUCUGAGCACAAAGAAGUCUCAGAGUAGCUCCACUGGCACCAGCAGCGCGGAUCGACCAUCAACAUCGAUGGUGUCGGAACAAGCAGCAAAUAUUUUGAAUAAUUUGAAUAUCACCGAAUUAUUCGCUUUGGCAAACCUACCGCCAGGUCAGUCCUGUUUUACUUUGAAGACACAAAUACUCUCCCCUUACAACUUCGAACGAGGAGUUUGA